AUGGGCUCCGGAGUAGCUUGCGCCUCUGAGGGAACGCCUCCAGUCGCCGCCAGAGCUGUAGUUGCCGGUGCAUCCGCACGGCUGCAUGGUGGUAGCCAUUGUUCGCGUGGUGGCCAACGCGUUAUCGCCCAGUGCGCCCCUGCACGAAGCACCUCCCGAGCUGAUGCGGCCGGUAGCGCCAGCUCAGCUCGCAGCAAGUCGAAGCUUGCGGGGUCCAAGUCCUGCGUUUCCAACGGCAGCUUCUUGUCGUCUGCUCUUACAAGUUCCUCACUUAGAGCCAUAGUUUCCGCAAUGAAAUCGGUGUCCAGCUCUUCAUCGACGACGCAACCGGCGUGCUCCGCGAGCUCGUCACGAAAAGCGCAAUCAACUGCUCUAGAAAGAAGAAACUCGCGCACGAGACUCGGGUCUGUAGCAGGAUCCCACGGGCACUCUGCAGCGUCACGCAGGUAUGUUCGCAGUGCCGCGUCGUCGCCUCUCUUGAGAGGUUCCCGAGCAGCCGGCUCCCAGAGACGCAGUUGCGUGUCCUCCAGCCAAGCGACUUGGAUCACCAGCGGUGCACGCUCGACAAUGGUGUCAGGCGCAUCGAGCGCGAGCCAUACGAACCGCUCCCACUGGUUCGCCAUGUCAGCCCCAGUCACUACGAAGAGACAACCAGUCACGGCGCUUUCGAACCUGCGCCUCUACCCUGUAAGUCUACCACGCGUUGCAGUGCAACAGCGUCAAACGUCAAUGUCUUAUGAAGCAACGUCGCCGAACGCUGCCGGUCAGGCGGUACGCGUCACUGCGAAAAGUGAAUCCUCAUGUGAGGCGCACCUGCUCCGUGCAUCUACGGGGUCGUUUCUAUGA